UGCUGUCUGCUGCUGCUGUAUUCAGCCAGGAUGAGUGGGAGAACCAGAGACUAUGACGAAGUCACGUCUUUUCUGGGCAGCUUCGGACACUUCCAAGUAGUGGUUAUUGUGUUGUUGAGUCUGAGCACGGUUCCGUGUGGAUACUUUGGAGUAAUGGUGGUUUUUGUCUCUGACACACCUGCUCACCAUUGCAGAAUUCCUCUCAACUCAACAGCGACAUCUACCUCAGAGGAACUUCACUUCGAGGAGCGCAGCAGGCAGGUCGGACCUGACAGCUGUUCACGCUACAAGGUGCAGGGAAACAGGACAGAGAGGGCAGAGCUGGCCAAUGACACGGAGCAGUGCUUGGACGGCUGGGUGUACAGCACUGAGUUCAGCUCUACUACUGCAGUAUCAGAGUGGGACCUGGUGUGUGACAACGCAUGGAAAGUCCCUUUUUCCUCCUCCUUAUUUUUUUUUGGAGUUAUGAUAGGAUCCUUUGUCAGUGGCCAACUCGCAGACAGGUAUGUGUCGUUGCAAAUUACAAUUAGACUUACUUACAUAUUACAAUUACUAUGAAUCACAUGUGGUGUUCGCUGUGAUGCACGGCCAUGCAUACGCCUAUCAUGUAGUUUCCUUUUAACUUACAAUAGAGAUAAAACAGACAUGUGUCAAAAGCUAACUUUAACGUCUGAAAAUAGAAAUGAACAUAGUGAUAGUUUAUUUUUUUUAAUUAAUGUUAUAAAGGUUUAUGGCACAAAUUUGAAAAAUCAAUCCCAAG